AUGACCACUAGAAAAUUAAAAACGUUAACUCUUCGUGAAAAAGUAGAUGUUAUUCAAGCAGUGAGACGUGGUACAAAAAGAAAAGAAAUAUUUGAUCAGUAUGGAUUACCGGCAAGUACUUUAUCAACAAUUUUAAAAAAUGAGUCCGAAAUAUUGUUAAAGUAUGAAACAAGUAACAACUUAUCAUGUAAAAGACAACGCCUAGCAGAAUUUCCUGAUGUUGAAGAGUGUUUAUUAACAUGGUUCAAGCAGUGUCGUGAAAAAAAUCUCAGUAUAAGUGGAACAUUAUUACGUGAAAAAGCCGAAGAAUUUUCAAAAUCAUUGGGACACACUUCGUUUCGUGCAAGCAAUGGUUGGUUGGGUAAUUUUAAGAAGCGGCAUGAACUUGUAUUCAGAAAACUUUGUGGGGAAAGUGCCAGCGUAAAUACUGAGAUAUGUGAUGAAUGGAUAGUAGAGUUACUCCGUUUGUUGAAGGAUUAUGAACUGAGGGACAUAUUUAAUGCAGACGAGACAGGUUUAUUUUUUAAAUGUUUACCUGAUAAAUCGCUUAUUUUUAAAAAUGAAAAAUGUCACGGUGGCAAACAUAGCAAAGAGAGAUUAACCGUAUUGCUUGCCACAAAUAUGACGGGUACUGAAAAGCUUAAGCCUUUGGUCAUAGGCAAAGCUAAAAAACCCCGCUGUUUCAGUGGAUGCAAAUCAUUGCCGGUCGAUUAUGAAGCCAAUAAAAAAGCUUGGAUGACAGCUGAUAUAUUUAAGCAGUGGCUGAUUAAACUUGAUAAACAGAUGAUUAGAGAAAAGCGAAAAAUUUUACUUUUCAUCGAUAACUGUACUGCACAUAAUGUUAUUCCAUUAUUGAAGGCUGUAAAAGUUAAAUUUCUACCUCCAAAUACAACGUCGAGAUUACAACCGCUAGAUCAGGGAAUAAUAAAAAAUUUUAAAUCGUUUUAUAGAAAAGAAGUUGUCAAAAAACUUAUUGCUGAUAUGGAACAAAAAACUGUGCCCGCCAUAAACGUCUUGCAUGCCAUUAGGAUGAUUGAUAAAGCUUGGAGAAACGUAUCAGAAAGUACGAUAGUUAAUUGCUUCAGAACAUGUGGAUUUACAACGACACAAAGAGAGGAACUGACACAAUCAACCCUGAAAACGACACCCGAUGAUACAACAUUAGAAGAGUGGAAUAAACUACCGAUUGCAGACGUCCAAUUUGAAGAUUAUGUAUCAUGUGAUGCUGAUAUCGCUACGACUGGAACCUUGACUGACGAUGAAAUUGUUAAUUUGCUUAAUCAAAACCAGGACCUCGAUGACGAUGACGGCGAUGAUGAAGAUUUGAGUACUGAACUAACUGUAUCAAAUACACAGGCUCAAGGGGCAAUCAAGAACCUACGGAUCUACAUCGAAAGAUGUAAUAAUGUCGAUGAUCGAGUUAUUCCUGAUAACAAUUCAUGGCAGCAAUCAUGCAUUACGUCACAGCCUGAAGCUAGCACAGCGAGUACUUUGGCCCAGCCUGGAAGUAGUACCGUUAAAUUUUCUUCAAUUGAUCCUGCUAAAUUUUUGCAAUAUAAAACGGUACGGGAAAUUCUACUGAAUGAGACAACAAAACAAGGCUCAAAACUAUUGAAAAUUUUAGAAGAUGACAGUCAGCUUUUUCACGAAAAUCACCGGCGAUCACUAGUCAGGAGCAUUAUUUCAGUUUUGACGGGCAAAAAAGAUGUAUUGAGUGGCGUCUGCAAUGUUGAAGAACUAAUUUACAUCCUUCUGAUAAAAAGUACAAGAAAAGUGACGUUAAAAAAUCCGAGAAGACUAGAUCCGAACCACUAA